AUGGUCCUAACCCGGCAAACACAGGUUGCGCAAGGAAUACUGAUGGUAUAUGUUAAGAAUUGGGAAGAUGAUACGGAAGAUGAAUACGAACAAGAAUAUAUCGCCUCUUUGAAAAACGAGGGCAAACAGAAAAGUUAUAUAGGGGCUGCUACUGGUGGAGUUGCUGCAGCAGUGGGGACAUUUGUGAGAGGACGUGACGGAGUUUCUAUCGAGUUCGUUG